UUAUUUGAGCUACCACGCUGGUUAUUGGCAGUUAUUGGAGCAGUGGCAUUGUGAACGCGACCUCCGACAUGCGAGUUUGUAUGUUCCUGUAUUUCGUGGUGGUAGCUGGUGCUGUUGGCGAGGGAUGCGGCCCUAACGAAGUGUUCAAGCGGUGCGGACCGGCGUGCGAGCGCUCCUGCGAAAUUCCCCUCCCGACUUGCACCCAGCAGUGCGUCGAAGGCUGCUUCUGUGCCGAUGAUAGACUUCGAGACGACAACGGACAAUGUGUUGAGGUCUCCGAAUGUCCUACUCAAUCUAAGAAAUGGAAAAGAAGUCUAUUCAAGGACCCGUCAUGCAAAGAGAAUGAGGAGUUCAAACUAUGCGAGACGUGCUACAAGAGCUGCGACAACCCGCAGCCGUCCUGCUCUGACCACUGCGAGCGCGGCUGCUUCUGCAAGGAGGGGCUCGUGCGGGACAGGGACGGAAAAUGUGUCGCGCUCGAUCAGUGCUCCCAGAACAACGGCACGUCAGGACGCGCUCAGGCAUGCGGACCGCACAAGGUGUUCGUGAAAUGCCAAGUGUGCGAAAAAUCAUGCAGCAACCCGCAGCCACAUUGUGCGGGACCUUGCCGUGCCGGCUGCUUCUGUGAAGAAGGCUACCUCAAGCACCCGAAUGGACAGUGCGUCAAACCUCACGAAUGUCCCAAAGAAGUGACGCUGAUCGGCGGGCAGGAGCCGUCGGUAGAAGACUGCGGUUCGGACGAGGAGUUUCUGUCGUGCGGCUGGUGUGAGCCGAGUUGCUCGGAGCCUGCGCCACGUUGCCCUCCCGGCGUGUGCACGCGCGGUUGCCUCUGCCGCCCGCCGCUGCUGCGGCACUACAGCGGACAGUGCGUGCGCGAGACCGACUGUCUGCUGCAUAGUUGUCUAGAUCCAAGCGAGGAAUACGUGUGCCGGUACGGUUGCGAGCCGCGCUGCGACAACCGCACGUGUGUCGCGCGCGGCCGGCGCUGCGUGCUGGGCUGUCACUGCCGGCUCGGUCUGCGACGACACCGCGACGGGCGUUGCGUCAGCCCUGAGCAGUGCUCGCCCCGCACUCCACCCCGCCGUCUCCCCCACUCGAUCGCCCUCAACAACCUCUUGAAGGAUAAACUCAAGACAAACGACAACAUACUUAAGAUAUGAUUGUACACUACGGCACAAAGAGAGGAUUUCUUUUCAAAAAUUUCUUCAUAUUCUUUGACAAUGCACUCACUUUGAAGCUGGCUAAGCUCGAGUCCGGAACCGCGAUUUUUUUCUUACUUAUGGAGAUCGUCCAUCGGUACCGUAUAUCGACUCAGGCUUAUCCAGGUUCCACUGUAUAGUGCUGUGAUAGUAGAUAUUGUAAAAGUCAAAACAAGAAAUGUUUUAAA